CUUAGCGCGGGGGCGACCCUGAGGAGCUACAGCUGCUGCUCAGGCACCGGCACCAUCUCCAGCGCCGGCCAGGGCGGUCUCACGCUGCAGGCCCAGGCCCUCUGCGGCGGCGGCGGAGCGCGGUUAAUCUAGGAUCCAGUUUCCAAAAUGUGGCGGCUCCUGGCCACACUCAGCUGCCUGGUGGUAUUGACCAGUGCCUGGAGCAAUGUGCAUUUCCCGCCUCUGUCGGAUGAGCUGGUCAACUUUGUUAACAAGCAGAACACUACGUGGAAGGCUGGACACAACUUCUACAACGUGGACCUGAGCUACGUGAAGAAGCUGUGUGGCACCUUCCUGGGCGGGCCCAAGCUGCCCCAGAGAGCUGCCUUUGCUGAGGGCAUGAUUCUGCCUGAAAGCUUCGAUGCCCGGGAACAGUGGCCAAACUGCCCGACCAUCAGAGAGAUCAGAGACCAGGGUUCCUGCGGCUCCUGCUGGGCGUUCGGGGCGGUGGAAGCCAUCUCUGACCGGCUCUGCAUCCGCAGCAAUGGACGUGUCAACGUGGAGGUGUCCGCCGAGGACAUGCUGACCUGCUGUGGCGACGAGUGUGGGGAGGGCUGUAAUGGCGGCUUCCCCGCUGGAGCCUGGAACUUCUGGACGAAACACGGCCUGGUGUCCGGGGGCCUCUAUAACUCACAUGUGGGCUGCAGGCCCUACUCCAUCCCCCCCUGCGAGCACCACGUGAACGGCUCCCGGCCCCCGUGCACGGGGGAGGGCGACACCCCCAAGUGCAGCAAGAUCUGUGAGCCCGGCUACACCCCAUCCUACAAAGAAGACAAGCACUUUGGAUGCAGUUCCUACAGCGUCUCCGGUAGCGAGAAGGAGAUCAUGGCGGAGAUCUACAAAAACGGCCCAGUCGAGGGGGCCUUCUCCGUAUAUUCGGACUUCCUGCUGUACAAGUCUGGGGUGUACCAGCACGUCACAGGAGAGAUGAUGGGAGGCCACGCCAUCCGCAUCCUGGGCUGGGGAGUGGAGAAUGGCACCCCCUACUGGCUGGUCGGCAACUCCUGGAACACCGACUGGGGUGACAAUGGCUUCUUUAAAAUCCUCAGAGGAGAGGAUCACUGUGGAAUCGAAUCGGAAAUUGUGGCUGGAAUCCCUUGCACUCGUCAGUACUAGAAGGUGUAACUCCUGUGGGCCUGUCCGCCGGCCCUGGGGCAGUUUUUCCCUAAAUACCGCCAUUCAGACUGGGGAUGAGAUGCAGGGGUAGGAAUGUCUGAAGGACUGGGUCAGGCCGAGCCUCCUGUCUGCCAUCCGCACUGUCUUCCAAGGAGACGCAGCCUAGGCCAGCCCAGCAGACGGGCUGCUGUCACGAUGCAAGCACUUAGGCAAGUAAGCCUCUGCCGAAGCAUGUAGACCAGCUGUGUAGUGCCUGCUGCCCCCGCCUCUGCGUCACCAGGGAGCAGGACAGACCGGAAGGGUUUGUAGUUUCCCAAAGGAGUGGGAAGCAGCGCUCUCCUAGCUAGAUGGAUUCCCACCCAAGCAGGCAGCUUUCUGGACCCGGAAUAGGUUGAGAAGAGAUAGAUAGUGGGGGCAGCCCUUUGGAGAAAGCCACGUUCUCCCAGGGCCCCUGCGUCUGUCGAGGUCUGCAGCGCUGCUAACCCUCGCUGGUCUUGUCCUUGGCAUGAUUCUUAGGUUUUCUGUUGUGUGCUCCUCGGCUGAUCAGGUGGAUGAGAGUCUGCUGGUUGCAAGAGCUGGACUAGUGGUACAGAUUGUCUCCUUCAAACUCAGUGGUUGAGAUUUCUCUUACCUGCUGCUCUCUGAUAGCCCUCUGAUACCACAGUCUGGGGAGAAGCCGGCUUUUACUGUUUUGAAAUCACUGCUUCACGCUGUUAAUAUAACAAAGAAAAGAAUGACUGCCAAUAAAAUGCCUCUUCUUCAAUGUGAA